UCACAUAACAGAGUGCUGACGUCAGAUGUCAACACCACGCAAACGUCUCCGUCGUGGCCAAUCAGCGUUGAGUCACACAUACUCUUGUAAAGAUGGCGACUGUGGUGCACAGAGGAGUGAAAAUUGGACGCUUUACCGUUAUUAAACAUCGCUGGUCCAGACACCGUAAGAAUUGACACGCCAGCGGGAGCCAAAGUUAAUCGACCCAUUUGUCAGCAGCAGCAAACGGAUUGGUGCUGCGCGCUGUCGCUGCGGGCCUGGUUGCUUUUGUUUUCGGUUAGACUGCCGUUACCUUGUAUAGCUCAUUAGCUUCAAGUUGGAAAGCGAAUGCUAACCCAGGGCUAGCUGUGUAGCUCCAUCGGCUGCUGGGGAGCUCUCUGUACGGCAUUCAUGGAUAUAGGCUGGCCAAUGUGAACGCUGGACUGCAUGUACCUAUUUAAAGUUUUUUUUUAUAUCUACGUUAACAGCGCAUAUGGCUCGCUUGGAUUGAAAACACUUUAAGAGGAAUAAGGGCCACCGACUAUCUGGCAUUGCGACACUGUUUGGAGUGUCGAGGCGGAGUGAGUUUGCAGUCAUGUAUUUCCUAACCGGCUGGCCCCGGAGGCUGCUUUGUCCGCUGAGGAGUGAAGAGGAGCCUUUCCACAUCCAGCCCAGCUCCCAGAGGUUUUACUUCGCCGUGCUGUCAGAGACGCAGCUCAGCGUCUGGUUUAGUCGGCCCAGUGUUUUGAUCGUCAGCUAUAUCGAGUCUGCGAAGGCGGCUGCCCAGUUUGGCUCCUACCAGAAGGCAGAAUGGAAACCAGACGACUCCAUGAUAGCUGUGGCGACGGCCAAAGGCUACAUCCUCUUGUUUGAUGUGCUGGGUGGACGGGACGACAAGUACCUCUAUGAGCCUGUCUAUCCAAAAGGAAGUCCUCGUGUGAAGGUUACCCCGGGCUACAAGGAGGAGCAAUGUGCCCCUGCUUUGUCUUUAGAGAUGAAGAAGCCCGUGGAUCUGGAGGCUCCCAUCACCAGUCUCCAGUCCCUCCAGGAGGACUUACUGGUGUGCACUGCAGACGGCUACCUCCACGUGCUGCACUGGGACGGGCUAGGCAGCAACGGACGCAAGGCCAUCUGCCUCACCACAAUCCCCUUCUCGCUAGACCUGCAGUCUGCUCGAGGUGGUCCCUCUCUGGACCUGGAGGGAGUGUAUAUCCGUUGUAUGCAGUAUUGUGUGACUCUGGACGGCUUCGCUGUGGUACUGAGUGACGGACGCCUGGGCUUCAUCACACCGCUCACCACCACCAUCACCGCAGAUCAGCUGCAGGGCGUCUGGGCAGCAGAUGUGAAUGAUGGUACCUGUGUGGCUGUCAACAACAAGUACAGACUGAUGGCCUUUGGCUGUGCCAGCGGCUCGGUACUGGUGUACAUGAUAGACACCCCGACAGGAUCCAUGCAGCUCUCCCACAAACUGGAGCUCACCCCGAAACACUACCCAGACAUCUAUAACAAGACGGGCCCAGUCAAGCUGAUCUGCUGGUCACCUGACUACAGCGUUGCCAUGGUUACAUGGGAGUGUGGCGGCCUAUCGCUGUGGAGUGUCUUUGGAGCUCAACUCAUAUGCACUCUGGGAGAGGACUUUGCGUAUCGUUCUGAUGGUACCAAGAAAGACCCCAUUAAAAUCAGCUCUAUGAGCUGGGGAGCGGAGGGCUACCACCUAUGGGUGGUCCUAUCAAACAGGAGAGGAGAAGGCAGGAGGAGCAGGAAAGAGGAGGAGGAGGAGAUGGUCACACCUCCUCACCCCUCCCCGCAGGCCGGCAUACUGCAAUUCCACUUUAUCAAGAGUGCCCUCACAGUCAACCCCUGCACGAGUAACCAGGAGCAGGUGUUGCUCCAUGGUGAAGACCGCCUCUACCUGACCUGUGGUGACCCCUCGCAGGUCAACAGCCCCUCUGACACACACCCGCACACACACUUGAACCCACACGACGGCAGCCCGCUGCCCCAUCCCCCCAAUCCCGACUCCUCUCUCUCUCAGGGACUCAGCACUUUAUUGGGACACAAGCACUGGCACGUGGUCCAGAUUCACAGCACAUACCUAGAGAGCAACUGGCCUAUACGGUUUGCAGCCAUAGACACCGCAGGCCAGUGCAUGGCUGUAGCAGGGAGGCGGGGCUUUGCACACUACUCCUUAUUCACAAGGAAAUGGAAGCUGUUUGGAAACAUCAGUCAGGAGCAGAACAUGACGGUGACCGGAGGUCUGGCUUGGUGGAAGGACUUUGUGGUGGUGGCCUGUUAUAAUUUUACAGACCAGCAAGAGCAGUUGAGGCUCUAUCAACGCUCCUCCAACCUGGACAACGCCUUUGCGUCCGUCACGAAGCUGCACUCAGACACUCUGUUGCUCAACGUCUUCAGAGAUAUGAUCAUCCUGUUCAGAGCUGACUGCUCCAUCUGCCUCUAUAGCAUAGAGCGGAGGAACGGCAGUCCACACCCGACAGCCAGUGUGGAGUUGUUGCAGGAGGUGUCAAUGUCUCGCUACAUCCCUCACCCUGCCCUCGUGGUCUCCGUCACACUCACCUCUGUGCGCACAGAGACGGGCAUCACAUUGAAAGCCCCGCAGCAGGCCUGCAUGGCAGAGAGCAUCAUGUUGAAUCUGGCUGGCCAGCUGAUCAUGCUGCAGAGGGAUCGGUCAGGACCGCAGGUGCGAGACAAGGACACGUCUGCCAACAACAAGAAGCUGCUACCAUUUUGUCCUCCAGUGGUGCUGGCCCAGUGUGUGGAGAACGUGUGGACAACCUGCCGCUCCAACAGGAAGAAGCGGCACCUGCUGGAGGCCCUGUGGUUGUCCUGCGGCGAGGCGGGCAUGAAAGUCUGGCUGCCGCUGUUUCCCCGAGACCAUCGCAAGCCCCACUCCUUCCUCUCCAGACGCAUCAUGCUGCCCUUCCACAUCAACAUCUACCCUCUGGCUGUGCUGUUCGAGGAUGCCCUGGUGCUGGGGGCUUCCAAUGAGACUGUGCUCUAUGAUGGUCUGCAGGGACCAUCUGAGCCACUGGAGGCGCUGUUCCCCUACUGCACUGUGGAGAGGACCUCCCAGAUCUACCUCCAUCACAUCCUGAGGCAGCUGCUGGUUCGCAACCUGGGUGAACAGGCUCUGAUGCUGGCUCAGUCAUGUGCCUCCCUCCCCUACUUCCCCCAUGUCAUGGAGCUGAUGGUGCACGUCGUGCUGGAAGAAGAGGCAACGUCGAGGGAGCCCAUCCCCGACCCUCUGCUGCCCACCGUGGCCAAGUUCAUCACCGAGUUCCCCCUCUUCCUCCAGACCAUCGUCCACUGUGCCAGGAAGACGGAGUACGCCCUGUGGAACUACCUGUUUGCCGCCGUGGGAAACCCCAAAGAUCUUUUUGAGGAAUGUCUCAUGGCUCAAGACCUGGACACAGCAGCCUCCUAUCUGAUCAUACUGCAGAACAUGGAGGUUCCCGCAGUGAGCAGACAACACGCCACUCUACUCUUCAACACGGCGCUCGAGCAGGGCAAGUGGGACCUCUGCCGGCACAUGAUCCGAUUCCUCAAAGCCAUCGGCUCCGGGGAGAUGGAUACUCCGCCCCCAACACCCACCACUCAGGAACCCAGCAGCUCUACUGGCGGUUUUGAGUUCUUCAGAAACCGAAGCAUCAGUUUGUCGCAGUCAGCUGACGCCAUCGCUACGGGCAAGUUCAACCUUCAGAAGACCUUCAGUAUGCCCGCUGGACCCUCUGCUAAAGGUCGGGAUGCGGAGUGUGCGGAGAACAUGUAUAUUGACUUGAUGCUCUGGCGCCACGCCCGCCACCUCCUGGAGCAGGUACGCCUUCGUGACCUGGGUUGCUUCUCUGCACAGCUGGGCUUCGAACUCAUCGGCUGGUUGUGUCGCGAACGGAACCGCGUGGCCCGCGUUGAGGAUUUUGUUUCGGCGCUGAAGCGACUCCAUAAGGAUUUCCUCUGGCCCUUCCCUGUUACCCCUGUGGGAAGCAUCAGCUCGCCUCUGAAGAACGGACGGUGUCGCGCAGUGCUGAGCACGCGGCUGUUGAACUCGCAGUCGGCUGACAGUCUGUUGAACAGCGACAUGGACACAGCGCCCCCUCAGGCAGCGUCCGCCAACCACAGCUGGCUGGACAGGCUCGAGGAGAGAGCCAAAGACAUGGACACGGCCUCGUCUGCGCACUCCGACCAACACUCGCCACAGACGCACGACGCCUUCCUGUCCCUGCUCACCAACAAAGUGGAAGAGUACAGCGUCGGCUCGGCCACAGACUUGACAGAGACCAGCUCGGUGGUGGACGGUGAUUGGACGAUGGUGGAUGAGAACUCCUCCACUCUGAGCCUGAGCCAGGCCGAGUUGGAGCACAUUUCCAUGGAGCUGGCCAACAAAGGCCCGCACAAGUCACAGGUGCAGCUCAGGUAUCUCCUUCAUGUGUUCAUGGAGGCGGGCUGUCUGGAGUGGUGUGUAGUGAUUGGUUUGAUCCUGCGGGACGCCAACGUCAUAAAGCAGGUGAUCGGCUUCCUGGACAGCCCAGAGGUUCCCCAAGAAACUGUGCAGAGUGUCCAAAACGGCUUGUUGGCUGUCGACACAUGGGUGUCCACUGACUGCCUGGGAUACAAACCAUUUCUUAACCUGAUCCAGCCGCAGCUCCAGGAGCUGAUGGAUUCAGCAGCCGAGCAGGUGCAGCCAGAGGCCUUCCAGCCCACCUGCCAGAGCUCCAAGCUCAGCGGCUCAGACGGGCCGGGAGGUGCUGCGGUGCCACGGGCGGAGGACAGCAGAGGAGUAGCGGCUCCGCUGGGACUGACCCUGCCCUCUCUCGAACCUGCGGGAGGUUUUCCCCGCCCUCCCUCUGAGGACUGUCCCCCUGAACAGACAGAGGAGCAGGGAGACGAGGAGGGAGCCUACGACUGCACCUUGUCCUGAAGCCAGGAGCCUCCUCUGGACUCAAACCUGUGAACUUGAGAGAAAGAGGAGGGAGCAGCAGUGGCUGACUGGAAAUAUACUUUAUUUUUGUGUGCGUGUCUGUGAGCGAGCGAGCGCGUGUGUGUGUGAGUGAGUGAGUGCACAGGAAGUACCUCUCCUGCAGGUUCUUACUUUAGUCAGUAUUAUCCACUCUUCAGAUUUGCCCUUUGUGUCGAACCCCUGUGGUACCAACAGAGUGACGGACACACACACAAUCCCAGACGGCAGGGUUCAGUUUGAUGGUUCUCCUCUAACAGGCCUCAUUUUUACCAAAAGGUCACCUGUGUCAGUGUGUUCAUGCAUCAGGUGGUGGUGUUUGGAAGCUGUAGACCAGCACAAGAAAAGCACCAGGCUUUUUUCUUUUCUUUUCUAAUUGUUAUUCCAAGGCAGAUGUUUGUUUUUUUUGUGCGUUCACUUUUUUUUUUGUGUGUGGAACUCAUUCAAGUGCAACUGCAGACUUUGAACUGUUUUCUUUCUUUAUGCUCGCUGUCCAGACAAAAAGCUUCAUUGUUUCUUUUUGGUUUAAUGCAGAAAGUGCAAUAAUCAGUUCAAAGACAAACAAAAUAACCCCCCCCCCCCCGAGUGUAUUUGCAUCAGCAAAAUGUAGAACAAAGCUCUAGUCAUGAAACAUUUAGAAGAUGCACUGAAGUGUGUCUGAGCCGGCAGUACAGUGUGCACAAGAGGUGUUUCAUACUUUCAUACCUCAUAUGAUUUCAAAACAAAUAUUUUGUGAUACCUUUUUCAAUAAUGUAACCGUGUACAAGAUGACAUUAUUUUUCUAUAAAUUACCCCCGUGUCCCUUUUUGAUUCCUCCUGUAAAAAAAACAAAACUGCUAUGAAUUCUAUGUAAUUCUUGAGAAGUUACAACCUUAAGAUUUCUGAGAAGAAUCCACCGUUUGCGAGUGCAGAAUAGUUUCUUACCACUGAUCAGUAAAUCUGUUUAAUGUUUAGUUUUUUUCCUUUGCUGAAGUUCAGGCCCGAAAGUGUCUGAUCUUCUUCAUGUGUUCCAGAUUUUAGACAACAAGCAGAUCAGUGUUUCACAACUUGAGCAGAUUUAAGGCCGCGGUGCAGCUAAGGCGCUAUAAAAACCAAAUCAUGUGACGCUUUAUCCAGCUUUUUAAAACACACAAUCGGGUUUCAGUCUCCUAUCCGGGAGAUUCAAAAUGUGUUUCCUAUCAUCAUCAUCAUCAUCAGCAGCGAGGCAGAUUGUUAAUAUUGUGUUAUUAAAGCCAUCCUACUCUGUAGAUUUCGUACUUAUCCCUCGUUUGCAUCAUUUUUCAGCAGUGUUAACACGUCGGUAUCAAGCGAGGAUGAGAUUGAUUUGGUCAUUGCAUUGGCAUAAUGAAAGACUUGUGUAUUUUGACCCUCGUCAUCUGAUAAGGACUUAUAUUUCGUCCAGUACAUUAUGCAUAUCACAUCCCUGAACCUCUUGACAUUAAUAACUGAUUUGUGUGGAUUUCUGAUUUGCGUGCACCACAUGCGUACUGUGGACGUGUUGGCAUGCUUGGUGACUUUCAUCACAUGCAAAUUGAUUUUAUCAUAUUAGACCCUAUUAUUAGUGUUAUUAAUUGGCAUUAUAGCUGAUUGGUAAUUACUGAAUUGAUGCUCGGUUGGGUUUUUAUUACUGAUGACAAACUUCUCCCCCUUUUAGUCGUGUAUUGGCUCUCCACCGCAAGCACGAAAAGGUUCAUCACAGUCAGUAUUAUAUUGUGCAAUGUAUUGAAAUGUUACUCAGCUUUAUUUUUUAUGUUCAAUACUUCUUUUUCCCCCAGCUGUUUGCUUUUACUGAUCAUGAUAGACCAAAUCAUAUUUUAUAGAUGCAUUUCUUUCUCUCUCUCUCUCUCUCUCUCGUCGGCGUGUACAAGAUGAGCCGGGCGUGGAAUCUGUUUCGAUUCUUUUUAACGGUUUCCGUUUUAUGAAUUUCGUGUAUCCUUGGAACACUCACUAUCACGAAAGGGCAGAAUGAUGUACUGCUGUUUGCACCCUCGUUCCACUCUGAACAAGCCUACAGUCACACUACGCUGCUCCGCUGUAAGCUUUACUUGAAAACGGUAACAUGACGAACCAAAGACUUAACGUCCAGAGGCCUUCUGUUUUAACCGGUUGCUUCGAUCAUUAUGCAGAGGGGGAAGACGAAACAAACCCCCCCUCACCCCAUCUCUCAUCAGAAACGUAACCACAGUUCAAAAGUUUUGCCUGAUUCCUGAAUAGUUUUGAUUUCUGGGGCGGCAGCAGCAAACCUCCUCAAUGCAGUGUAAAGAUACUUUCUUGUACAUUUGCCUUUUCUACUCAUGUUUGGUUUUCUACAUUUUUUUUUUUCCCCCCCUUGUACAUUAAAGACCAAUAAAUUAUUUUUAAAAAUG